AUGGCGCCUUUGACCUUUAGCGAUAUAACGACCGCUGUUGCUUUCAUCUCUAUCAUCGGCCUCAUUAUGACCUACGACCACAUUACCUUGAUCAAACAGAGACUCGACGUUCUUAACAGCAGACUAUCAAACGCCAUACGGCAAUCAGAGGCAGCAGAGAAUGAAGCCCGCUCGGCAAUCGAAAAAUCCAACAUCUGUCGCAAAAAGAUGGCAAUGCUCGAGGAGAAGCUAAAUGACUACCAGACAGCUCUGAUGGACGAGAUCGCCGAAAUCACCCAGCGCCAGGACCUGAACGCCGCCGUCAGCCAUCGCGAUAAAGACAAGAACCACCAGGGGAGCGUUAGCCGCCCGCUCCAUGAGGUUCCUACCUCCUCCUCUCGCAAGACGGAUCAAUCGUACGUCAGCAGAAGACCGACUCGGGAAACUAUCCUGUCCCGUGAUACGUUUUCGCCGCACCGUUCCAUCUCUGCUGGGUGUGUUGGUGUGGAAUAUGCUCGCGGUGACCAGACGCCCAUACCACCAGUGCUGGUCAAGGGAAAAUCGGAUUCAGGGAAGAAUUCCAUGCGGUCGGUUAUAGCCAACUUAUCUUCCAAGGCGCCCUGGCGGCUGAAGACUAAAGAGAAGACGGCUGCUGUAAGGCAGAGGAUUUCGAGCUUCCACCUUUAG